CGAACGCCUUGAAUCGACUUUGCAUUAUCUGUGGUACUUGCUUACCUCUUCUUUGCCAUGUCUGUGCAGACCCUCAUUAAAGCCCAGGGGCUUCGUCAAUUGAUGCUUAAAAACACAAAAUAUCUGCGGCUGCUGGACGCUUCGUGGCAUCUCCCAUCGGAAAAUCGUAAUCCGAAAGAAGAAUUUUUAGCUCAACGGAUUCCAGGGGCUAAGUUUUUCGACAUCGAUGAUUGUGUCGACAAGUCAUCGCCUUAUGAGCACAUGUUACCGAAAACUGAAGAUUUCUCAAAGUACGUUCGAAGUUUAGGAAUUAACAACGAUAGCCAUGUUGUUGUAUAUGAUCACAGUAAAGUUGGGUUAUUCUCGGCUCCCCGAGUUUGGUGGAUGUUCCGUGCAUUUGGGCACGAUCGGGUAUCGAUUUUGGAUGGUGGAUUUUUUAAGUGGCAGGCUGAGCCUGGCUAUCCUAUUUCAUCGGGUCCAGAGGAGGCAGCGGAAGUUAUAGCAGAAGGUGGACCUUUUAAAGCUUCCUUAACUCCAGGCAUGUUCUGUGACUUUGAUUUUGUGAAAGCCAAGUUAUCAGACCCAAACAUACAAAUUGCUGAUGCAAGAUCUCCUGGCAGGUUCUUUGGAACUGAAACAGAGCCACGUCCAAACUUUCCAUCUGGUCACAUUCCGCAUUCAAAAAGUCUCCAUUUUGCCAAAUUUUUAAACCCUGAAACAAAACUAAUGAAAGACCCCCAGGAGCUGAAAAAUGUAUUUGAUGAAGCAGGAAUUGAUCUUCAAAAUCCACUUGUUACAACCUGUGGGUCAGGAAUCACAGCUUGUAUCAUAGCUUUGGGAGCACAUCUAUGUGGAAAGAGUGACAUUAUGGUGUACGAUGGGUCAUGGGUUGAGUGGGGACAGCGAGCUUCUCCAGAUAUGAUAAAAAAGAAUUAGUUGCACACAUUUUUGGUCCAAGGCAGACCUGAUAACAAAAAGUGUACAAUAAAAAAGUACAUUUUAAGGGAAGAGGAGCAAGGUUGGCCUAUUCAUUAAGGGUAGAAGAUUUCUCACAAUCAGCUGAAGGGAAAAGUGUGUUGGAGACAAGGUUGUUAAAUUGUUAGUUGAUAGUGAAACUUCCAACAUGACAAACAAUACAUAUGACAAACAUAGCUUGUACAAAGCAAUUCUCAUUCAAAUAAGCAAUAAGUUUGUUCUCUUUCUCCAUUUCUCUCUACUUGUAAAUUUAUUUAAAACCAAAUGAAUAUUUUGUAGUUUACAAGAUCUCUUAUAAAUAUUUUCAUGGUG